AUGGAAUCAUUAAAAAAUGCAAUAUUUUGUAUCAAUGCUUUUUGUGGGAUAUUAUUUAAUUUUAUUGCUAUAUAUGUAACCAUAAAAAAAUCAAAAGACAAAAGUGGUGAAGGAUAUUUGAAAUUAAUGUUAUUAUUAUUUUUAUCAGGAAUUAUUUCAUCAAUUAUUCAUGGAAUAUUAAGAAUUCAAAUUCUUAUAAUCAAUGACACAAUGGUUUUUGUUCUUGAGAUAUUUAAUUCAUUUUUAGAAAAUAAAAUAUUUUUAGUAUUCAGUAUAUUUUUUACAUAUUUUACUUUAACUUUACCAACAUCAAUUUUAAUUUCAAGAUAUUUAUUUAUUUGUAAAAAUAUUGAAUUAAAUAUUUUUAAAACAGCUAUUAUUAUAUUUAUUUUUAGUUUACUUGUUUUAUUAGUUUCUCAUGGAGUUUGGACAAUUACAAAUGAAUUACCAAAUGAUAUUAUAUCGUCAUGGAUUAUAAAAGAAAAAAUUAAUGGUAAAAUUUUAACAUUAAAUACAUUUGGUAUAGGAAAUAAAAUUAUAUUAAAAGAAUGGUAUUUAUUAUUCAUUGAAGUUUUAUUAUACUUUUUAAUAAAUUAUACAACAGUUAUAGUUUUAUUCUUAAAAUAUAAAAAAUAUAUAAAUGAAUUAGAAAAUAUUAUGUCAGAAAAGACAAAAAAAAUGAAUAGAGAAUUUAUGUUAAUAUUAUUACUACAAAGUUUUGCUCCAUUAUUUGUUACAGGAUUUCCAGAUAUCAUUUUUGUUAUUAUGAUAAUAUUCAAAUAUUUAUAUGGUGCAGAAGAAUUAGGUACUAUAGUACUUCAGUUGUUAAAUUUUACUCCAAUUGUAAAUGCAUUACUUUUUCUUUUAUUACCAUCAACAAAUAGGAAAUAUAUUAAGAAAGUUUUUAAAAAAAUUUAUUACAUAACCAAAGGUGUAAAUGCACCAAUUGCUGUGACAUCAAUAAAAAAUUAA